AUGCAGUAUGGAGCACCAUUGUAUGAUGAAUUCAUAUAUGCAGCUCGUACAUUACAUUCAAGUUUUGGUAGACAACAACGUCGUGUUGAAAGAAAUCCGGAAACAUUACUGAAAACAAGUUCAAUACGCUUUGUCCAACACACCUUCAUUACCCAAGACCUAGACACUCCUUUAAAUUAUUUAGUCGAGUUUAGAAUAAUGGAUAAUAAUCUCGCAAUAACAUUGCGCACAACAAAUCAUACUCUAAAAGGAGAAUCAUGA